CAAACACAAACACACACAAACACACAAACACACAGAGCUCAUGAAGAUGUGUCUUCAUUUCUGCCUCUGACCACUGAGACUGAAGCAGCUGAUCUCAGAGCUGUGGUAUCAGUGAAACAUCUGCAGCCUCACAAUGUUUUCCAACACGACUCUGCCUCCUCCCAAGUCUAUCAAGAAUGACCAGGCGACAACUGUGGACGUUGACGCCAUCAUGGACAUGGUCUCUAUUGUCCUCUACACACUGACUGUCGUGUUUGGCAUCACAGGGAACUCUGUGGUGAUCUGGGUGGCUGGAUUCAAGCUCAAGCCAAAGGUCACUAACGUGUGGCUGGUGAAUCUGGCGAUAGCCGACCUGAUCUUCUGCUUCACACGAAUCUUCUCCCUCACUAAGAAGCUCUUUUUCGACCACUGGCCCUUUGGCGUCUUCCUCUGCAAGUUCAACGGCUUCUUCAAAUACGCCAACAUGUUCUGCUCUGUCUUCCUGCUGGCUGUGAUCAGUCUGGACCGAGCGCUCUGCAUCUGGCAGCCCGUCUUCACUAAGCGACGGCGCACCCUGUGGGCCGCGAGGGUGAUCGCCGUCUGCAUUUGGAUUGCUGCGAUCAUCUUAAGCACUCCAUACUUUGUCUACCGCCAAGUGUACCUGAAGAACAACCUGAGCAAGUGCUCAUUCGAUGUGAAGGAGAAGGAUAUUAACAACAGUGCCAAACUGGCUCUCUACUCCAUCCGCUUCCUGUGUGGCUUCAUGUUGCCCUUCAUGGUCAUCCUCAUUUGUUACAUCCUGGCAGGAAUUGGCAUCCGACGCACCCGUCUGUCGGGGAAGUCCCGCCCCCUGCGUAUAUUAGCAUCAUUAGUAGUUGCGUUCUUUCUGUGCUGGGCGCCGUACCACUGCCUCCUGCUGGUGAAGAUGGUGGACAGUAAGAACGCCGUGGUGAAGAUCUGGCACCCUGUGGCGAAAGGUGUUGCAUACUUUAACAGCUGUGUGAACCCGCUGUUGUACUUCUGCAUGGGGCUGGACGUGAGGGGGCGGUUCAGGCAGAGUCUGGCAGGGGUGUACAGGAGAGCUCUGGCGGACGACGUGGAUGGACAGACAACCCAGUCCAAUGAACGCUCUCUGGAUGACAGCAGCGCAUCCAAACACAGUACUGUGGUGGUGGCAGCAAGGAGUCAGACAUCAGUGGAUGUAGCUAAAGUCUGAGUCUGCCCAAGAGUUUCCUGAACACAUCUUUGAGCAUUAAAGGGCUAUACUGGGGUUUUUCACAUUUUUAAGGUCACAGUGAAACACCAGUUAGAGCCUCUCUUGCUGCAUGUGAUUAGAUCAAAUCCCUCGGAUAUGAUUGGACAGCUCAUAAGUGUGCAAUACUUAACAAAUACAGAGUGACGGGGAGAUGUAGAGAACUGUUGGCCUCUACCUUCACCUUCAUCACCUGAGUUGUUAAGUUCGCACAAUAUUUAGAAUAUUUUCACUGCUUUACCAUCAGACAGUGAUUUCAGAUGAAGAAAGUUAAGCCAUUAUAUGACUUUUGUGUUAUUGUGUGACUCUGGCAUUUAAAAGGAGUAACUCAGAUUUACCAAAGUCACACAAUAACACAAACUAACCAAGUCAUUGUUGCAGAGGUAGACCAGCGACUCUCAUAUUUUCUUAAUGGAAUCUUGUGGCUUUGAUGAGAGCAUUGAUACAAGAACUGAAGCCCUUAUCAGCUUCCUGACUGGGCAGACGGGAUUUCUGAUGGCAAGAUAAAGGGGUGAAAAUGUUCCCAAUGUUGCAUACACUUAAACUGUUAUUUACCUAAAAAGGUGGCUAAAAUACAUUUUGUUGCAGCCCCCAUCCAAGAAAAGAAAAAUGUGCAUUUCACAAAAAUAAAGAAGUUGGCGAAUUUUGUACAUAAUGGCCAAUACAUGUAAAAACCACUUGUAUGGUCCUUUAAGUCCUGAGACUAUCAUUUUUACUGUAUCUUAGACCACUGUAUUACUUCUUUCUCAGACUGCAGUAAAUUGUUGUAGGUGCAUUUGAUAAAAAUGCAAUUAUCAAAAAGAUGAGCUGAGGUUCUAAGAGGCUUUUGGAAAUAUGUCCAAACUACUGACCAUACAGUAAAGACACUGGUGUGACAGAUGUUGAUACACGCAGGUCAGAUUCACAUUUUCCUGUAAAGUUGUGCGGGGAUUCAUGUGAUUAAAGUCACAGAUUAAAAGUGGAACUGUGGUGAGUCUAGAGGAAUAGGAAAGAAAAGGGGGAAGGAAGUGAGACUAUUUAAAGGAAAGCCAGCAAUAACUUGUGUUGUGUUUAGAGGUUAAACUGAAGGGUUGGUGGACUGAAACUGUACAGUCGGUCACUUGGUUUCUAUUCAUGUUUUUGUUAUCUGUCACCAGAUUUGCUAAAAGGGCUUUCAUGAUCGAACCUGGAUGCCAAGUACAGGAGUGGGCAGAGCAUUUAUGGCUUUUAUGGGACAACAUACAUACAGAUAGUAAUAAAAAUUUAACCAAGAGGCAGCACAAUGAACAUCAGUCCUUUGCAAAUGGCUCAUAAAAUACACCUGCACUUGCUCUGUAUAUUACCGACACAUCACUAAGAUACAUGUCUGUGCAAUCAGACUGUGUAUCUUGAACUCAGUGCUCUUUAGGUUUUAUGGUAUUUUUGUCCUGCUGUGUAAAGUAGCUGCAGUAUCAUACUGAAUGUUAUGAAGAACACAAUGUUAACACUUUGAUUUAAAUUUCACUGCAACAAUAGAUAUUAAGCUCAGUCCUACUGUUUUGUUGUAAAUUUCUUUAAGACACGAUAAUAUGACUUUGUAAAUACUGCUUUAAGAUCAUAGAGAAAAACUGUAAUGUGAAAAUAAAAGCUUUUAAAGUUGUUAGAAAUGUAAAGUAAAGUUGGCUUCAGUCAUCCAAGAUCAUAAGGUGCAAGGUCAUUAUAUUACAAAAAAUAAAGCAUUA